CACAUUUAUUCAAAUAACUAAAAAAAGUUAUAGAAAAAGAAAUGCCUGAUAGUUGCUGUGUAGUAGGAUGUGUAAAUAGAAGAAGUAAUGAAAGUUUGUUCAGUUUUUACUGCAUUCCAAGUGGUCAUUCACCAAAUGAAGUUAAAAGACGACAGCUUUGGUUGAAUGCUCUUCAUCGCAAAAACUGGCCUGAUAAAAUGAUAAAAAAUGCUCGUGUAUGCAGCAAACACUUUGUUUCAGGUAAACGGUCUGAUGAACCUAGUCAUCCAGAUUAUGUUCCUUCGGUUUUUAUGUACAAAUCCAACAGUUUAUAUCAUAGACAAUUAGAGCGAUAUCAAAGAUACCGAUUAGGAGAAAAGAAACAAGAAUCAUUUUUUGGAAAUAAUAUUGUUACUGAACAAAUAGAAAAUGCUGAAAAUGAAGAGUGCUCUGUAUUUUUUUGAAAAUGAAGAGUUUUCUGAAAAUAAUACUGAAGAACAAUCUGUAUCGUUUAAAAGUGUAGGUAUCCAAUGUGAUUUGAGCAUAGAAGAAUUAUUGAAAGAAGAAAAUCAAAGAUUAGACAUGGAAUUACGCGAUAGAAACAUGGAAAUUUAUCUUUUGCGACAAGAAAAUGAAAAACUUAAAAAAAGGGAUUCAUCUUUCAGUAUUGAAAACUUUAAAGAAAACAAUGCUCAUUUAAAUUUUUUUACAGGGCUACCAAAUAUAGCAACAUUUCUAUGGAUUCUUUCUUUAUUGACAAGGACAGAUGAUGUAAAACUUUGUUUAUCUCGUUUAUCAAAAGAAAACCAUUUGUUAAUAAUACUUAUGAAGUUGCGACUUGGGCUCCUAAAUAAAGAUAUUGCUUUUCGUUUUAGUGUCUGUCAAAGUGUAAUAUCCAGAGUUUUGAGAAAUUGGCUGCCAAACCUAGCAACUUGCUUACAACCGUUAAUAAAAUGGCCUAAUAAAUGUGUAAUAAGAAGUAACCUGCCAGAGUGUUUUAAAAAGAAAUUUAGAGACUGUGUGUGUAUAAUUGACUGCUAUGAGAUUUUUAUUGAGAGACCAUCAAAUCUAACAACUCGAGCUCAAUCAUGGUCAAAUUACAAACACAACAAUACAAUUAAAUAUUUAAUAGGAAUCAGUCCAACAGGUGCAAUUACUUUCUUGUCUGGUGGUUGGGGAGGCAGAGUUUCAGACAAAGAGCUAACAAAUCAAUUGAGCUUUCUCAAAUAUAUAAAUUUUGGAGAUUGCAUUUUAGCAGAUAGGGGAUUCCUAAUUAAAGAUAAGCUUGCAGAGAAAGGAGCAAACCUUUACAUUCCAGCAUUUUUAAAAGGAAAAUAACAGUUAAGUCCGCAAGAAGUUGGAACUUCAAGACAACUGUCAAAUGUAAGAAUACAUGUUGAACGCAUUAUUGGCAGAGUAAAACAAUUUAGAAUUUUACAAACCACUGUUCCAAUUAAACAAAUAGAUCUUUUAGAUGAUGUAAUGGUCGUGAUAUCAGCCCUUUUUAAUUUAAAGAAAAGUAUUAUCAAGUAACGCUAUAAUAAUUGUUAAUAUUAUAAAUCAUAUUAAAAAACAA